AUGUCAGGAGCAAGUCCUCUACUACAUAUCCUUGACACCAAACAGGGCAAUGGCUUUAUUCUGGACUUCUACAUUGACGGCCAGCGACGCUUCAUUCUACUAGAUAGAGGGGAAAGCUAUGCACCACCGUUUGGAAGAGAAUUCGGCGCAUAUGGACUUUUCCAUAUGCAACUUAUCAGUGCCGCGAGGGCAAUAUGGUCUCGUGCUUCAACUUCUGGGGAUAUGAAUAGCACCCCAUUCAACCCCACGGCGAUCAUCUGCCUCCAAUCGCAUGAAUCUUAUCAGGUGCUGCUAGCGCUUCUCCAUUCAUAUGGUGCUUCAGAUCCCGUUGGUACGGCAUCUGAAUUUCAGGGUCCUUUUUUUCUUCCCAAUCCCGUCAAUAUUCAAGAUGGAUGGAAAGUAGUUCCACCUGUCAGAGGGAGAUAUGAGGGUAUCACAGAAAUUCUCAGAGCAACAAAGUUCGAGAUCACGGAUCGAAUGCAUCUGACGGAAAUCUUGCAAGGGCUGCACUUUGCUUUUCCGAAAAUGGAAAAGAUGUUAUGCUUUGGGCGAACCACGGGCACGCACAGCAACCCUGAUAUCGGCAAUGAGAAAGAAGCGAUUCUACCCACCCCAAAUAGUCAAAGCAUCCUCUUGAGUACGAUAAAAGAGAGUGGAGGAAACAUUCUUCUCGCUAUGAACACUUCUGAUUUUCGAAUUUCUUCCGCUUUUCUGGAAGACAAAGACCCGCAUUUCUCAAUCUACCAAAUCCAAGGUGAUCAUCACAGGUUCAAUCGUGCACCAGAGAUUCAUGUCAGCGUUGCACGGGAAUUUGCACUUUGGGUUUUGAUGGAGCUAGGAUACCAUGAACUCGGAUUCACCAAGGCGCAAGAGAGCGAGCUUUCUCCUUUGACGGAGAAAGACUUGCUACAUCCAGCAUUGACGUGGACCAUUUCAACACUUUGGCCUGCUGAAGGAAGGUCGGGCAUCGCGACAUGGUCAUAUGGCGACAAAAUGGCACCUGGCUCAGAUUGGGUUUGCAAGCUUGAACUCAGCCAAAGUAGAGGCGGGCAGAUUCCGCAAGCUUUUGUCUAUCUGGCCUCUGUCUUGAGUCAAGUCCUUGGAAGCCAUGAUAGCUUCAAGUAUCUCAAGGCACUUCGGUCAAGACAGACGCAGUAUUUGUCUCAAUGCAAGGGUGCCCCGGAUAAGGAGGUUAAUCCGCUUAAGAAUUCAACAGAAUCCGAGCUUCAUCUACAUAUGACACCUGAAGAGUUACUGGAGAGUAUGACAGAGAGACUUAAGGCGCUGUGUCUGAAAGACCGGUCUUUUGACAUAGAUUCAGCUCCGAUUCGCCUGGGAGUUUUCGGCAUCGAGGUAUCGAAUACUGGUUCCUUCAAAGGAUAUCCGGAGUUUUGGACCUAUUGGAUGGACGCGAAGCACGGCGGUAGAGUGUCUGAAUGGUCUCAGCUGUACUACGCCCUCAUUUCCAUCUCAUCUGCUCAGAGGUUCCAUUCUCUCUUCUCGUCCAAUGGCUAUUUCCUUAGUCCCCAAGGAUCUAGAGAUACAGACAAUACUAGACCUUACGAGUGCCUUGGACUGGCAAUGGCUAUUGCUGAUUCCAGUCCACACCGUCAAACUUCACUUUUUCUGCACAGCACGCAGUUGUUGGAUUGGGAGGCAAUGAACCAGCUAGCAAAGCUAUUUGGUACAAACAUUAGAAGCCUCUUUGGGCCCGGAAAAUUUCCAAUCCAACGAUCCCGUGUUUACGGAAUGUACGCUACAUUCAAUGGAUCUGAUCCUAUCCAGACGAUGGGCAACAUCCCUUCUUACAUGGAUACCGUCCCUGAUUGGGCCUCGGUUGAUACUGGUGACAAGGGUUCGGAAUAUUUUCUUGCAGACCUUGCCGAAAAGCAGAUCAAGGAUUCUCCACCUGUAGCUGGACUUGCAAACCGAGGUGAUCAAAUGUUUCAGGUCUUCUGCACGGGAAGUUCCACACAAACCAAACUCUACCUGGAAUCAGACUUUGAGCUUUUUCCAACGCCUCCAGUUCUUGAUCCGAAAGGACCAUAUCCACCUCCAUUCAAACUAACAGCAAAAAGCCCAAGAUACGGCUUGAGGGUCUUGGAUGCUCCUGGCCAUGACGCCAACAGUUGGCAUCUGGCCAUAUUUGGGGCGGACGCUCGCAGGAGGGAAUCGCCUCUUCCAUACAAGGCAAUAACAACUCCAACUUCAGAGGGUUAUCAUUGCCUAAGAUUUGAGUACCCUGAGGACUCUGGUAGAUACUUUGCUUUUUACAACGGCCCGGGCAGUAAGGACUAUUCACUCCUCGUUUUGAAGAGUGAAAAAGAUCUCAGCGAAUCAAAGUUGAAGGAAGCUUCGUUCAAGAUCGAGAAGGCCAAUGGAAAGGAGGAAAUGAUGUCGCCACUUGUUUCCGGCGAGUCAAUCCCAUUAGAAAGGUUCAUUCUGAGAGGUGAGAAGGUAGACUUGAGCAAAUUAAGUCUUCCUUUCAUCCUGGGCUUAGUCCUAGAGCGCUCAACCAGCAACGUUAAGGCUCUUUUGGAGAAGAGAUUGCCAAUUUCUCUCAUCAACUCUGGUUUCAUUGACGCUCUAAAAGUCGAUUUCACAAGGUCUUCUGUUAUUGCGGUCGGUAGCGUUCUCGGAACCAACAUCGCAUCCAACAUCGUUAUUUUUGGCUCGAGACCACCUACAGCACCUACGUUUGACCUGAUCACCGGUGUGAAAUGUGAUACUCAGGAUGUACAAAUCUCAAUAGACGACAUUCGCAUGCCAAGCUGCAAGGUGUCGGUCAAGCUUGGAGCUGUUCUAGCAUCUUCUUCAGGGAAUAAAUGGCCAUUAUCUGCGAGUACCUCAUUUACUCUUAACCAAGAUACUAGGAGCCUUCCUUGGUGGACUUUGCGAUUCACAGCGAUGCCAUCUCUUUCUCAGUUAUCUUCAGCCUUGGAUGCACCACUCCUAUGCAAUCGUGAGUUGGAGCUGAUGAAGAAGGCUCCGCCAUUCUUCAAAAGUCCCUUGUGCGAUAUUGUAUCUGGCGAGGUGAAAGGAAUUGAACUGUCGUGCCAGCAAGUGGAUUUUGGCUUUCCUUCUUCAAUUCUCAGCGCCGUCACCCUUGAUACUGAGCUGAAUGAGUGGGAAGGAUUCUUGCCAGAGAGCUUCGUCGGGGAGGGUAUCCAAGUCUACAAAGGCUCCGUCAAAUUGAAAGUUGAGAAUCCAAUGUUCGAAGACCUUCUUCGACUCAACGUUGCAGUGGACUUCGACUUCAAUAUGAAAGUCCCGAAGCCACUCACGAUACCCUUCACACUCACCGCUACUCAGCUCUUUUCCAGUGACGAGUUCGAGUAUCGAGUCUCGACCCGUAUACCAUUGGCCUCUCCCAGCGAAAACAACGAGCAAAUCAAUGCAGCGGAUGUUCUCCGUUUCAUUUCAGAUACAGCUACAUGGAGGACAGUCAAGGAGGACAUUCCCAUUGCAUACGAGAAUCUUUCAAAGGGUAAAGUACAGGCUCUUUCAAUUCGAUUGAAAGGCCUAUCUCCCAGGUACAUUGCAGAGGAUUUCGAGAUCAAGUUCUCUUGUGAUGCAAUCCCUCUUUCCGAAGGAUUAUCGGAUGUCAAGUUGGAGUUAUCCUCGGCUGAAAUGAAUAUCCAAACAUUUUGUGGAGUGGCAAAAUGUGAGGGGAAUGGUAUCAUAUGGGUCAGAGACUACGCUAUUCCUAGCUUUGUGAAACUACCACAGAAAACAAUUCCAGGUAUGUCAGGAACGGCCAUUAAGAACACCAACAUCUCAGAUUUUCAAACUAACUUUCGGCUUCUGCUAGGAUUCGUCACCAUACAGAAUAUCUGGGGAACCUCUUUCACCUCACUACUUGGAAUCCCUCAUUUCACAGGUAUUCCUCUGCUUAAGGGCAUUUCAACAUCUUUCGAGGCACAAAUCCAAACCUUGCAAUUUCAACUAUUCAAUCGCACAGAAGAUUACCCAGCGAUGGUUGAUGUGAGUAGUGUCAACUUCAAGUUUGAGCCCCAUGAACGGCUCUCAAUCCAAAAUCUGCCAACCAUGCAGGCUGUGCAGGGCUCUUUCGAUCUUGGCGACCGAAACAAAACAAGCACUUCAUUAAACAUGAAGUUCUAUGUUUGUGGAGAAACUGAGAACCACCAAUUCUCUGUUACAAUCAAAGCUCAAGAGCAAUCUAAAACGGUCGUCGUCUCAUUCUAUCCUACUGAAGACAUUUCAGUAUCCGCCAUGCUUGCAACAGUUAUAGAGCUAGUCCAGCCCCCAUCAACCUUUGCCAAGCAUCUUGUCACUUCCGCUACUUUCACUUUUGAAUUUUCACCUGAAGGUUUGCUACCCAAACAUUGUGAGAUUGACCUUGUGUCAAAGACACCUUUGGCUAUUGGAGGCGCAACCGUCUCUAGACUACUAUUUGAGACCGACAUUGAAGCCACUAAGGGGAGUCGCAAGAGCCAGAAACUCAUCAAUACGUGCUUCAGCUGGAGAGAUUCAGUGAUGGACUCCCUCAGCGAGUUCCAAAUCACGCCAUCAACGGAGUCUGACAAGAUUUGGACACUUUCACUCAAAUAUUCCGCAACUGGACAAGCCACUGCCUAUCAAAUCCUGGAUAAGUUUGGAAUCGUCCACCCGACCUCCAUCGAUGAGCCAGAAGGAAUCAGCAAGGAUGAAUUUCUCCGGCUGCCUGUCAGCGAACUGAAAGGCGCUUUGGUGGCCGGACCUAAUGGAUUCGAGAUCCAAAGAAUGGAACUUACAAUCAAGACAUCACAACAGAAGAGCUUGACACUUUUACAAUCGCGAAACAUAGUAGUGCAAUCGGUUGGUUUGCAAAUGUCCUAUCAAAUCUCCAGUCCCAGUCCCUCGGUGGCUUUCAUCGGGCUCGUGAAGUUGACAAGCAGCCUUGAUAUUCCCGUCAAAUUCAGUCGGACUGAUGAUGGGCCGCGGUGGGAUGGUGAAUUUAAUAUUGGCUCGCGUUCUACUUCUACAAAGGUGCCUACCAAUCUGAAUCUUGACGAGGUCGCCGCCAAGAUUCUUCCUAACUCGGAAGCAAUCUCCAUCCCGCGAAGUUCUGGCCUCCCGAAGACUCUGCCAGUUGUCUCUGGCGAAGCGUCCUUUGUCCAAGGGAAGUCCGUAUCACUCUCAGCCACGAUUAACGCUGCAAAGUGGGAGCUGAAAAUAGGAGAUUUGCUUGUCGUAUUCAGUGGCCUGGCUGGUCACUUAGCUACCUUUGAUGGAGAGAAAAAGACAUGGAGAGCAGCUGUAACCGCCAAAACGUCUUUUGGUCCGUUUGUUGCCGCGCAAGGUGCCCUUCAGCUUUGUGCCACAAAGAAGCCGGUCCUUGCAGCUCGCCUCUCAAAGCCAACAGAAAACCCCUCAGGCCAGACCAAGGAUGAUUUCACGGCUCUCGUCAAUAAAAUGUCUUCGGAGUCUCCGGACUGGAGCGAGAUACGGCCCAAGGAUGCUCCUGCCCUAUCGUUCAACCCGAGUGCUGCGCUGUAUUACAGUUUCAAUACAUCAACAGUUCUUCUUACUGGCUCUAUUGCAGAAGUGGGAGGGGUUUCAAUUCUUGUGCAGAAUAAUGGCUCCAAAAGCGAGAAGAACAAGACCGACUUUCUCGUGACUAUUGGGCUAUCUAACCCUUCCGUCCUGUGGAAGAAGCUUGCCGCAGAUGUUAGCCAACACUUCAAUUUUCAGUCCGUGACAGCAUUCUUUUCCUCUACUCUCUGGAAGCAAGAGGAUCUAAAACAUAUCAUCGAGGACGCUAUGACAGCUUCUGAUGAGUUCAACGGGGUCCUGGCGCAAAGCGAUAGCCUAAAUCCUAACGACACAGGGCUUACUACGGCAUCCGCUUUUGUAUCGGGAAGAGAUGGUCCAGUUGAGGCAGGAGCACAGUUUGAAGCAGUGGUCUCCCUUGAUGGGGACAAAGACCUCGUGAAUUCCUUGAACGAGCUGGCAGAACCCGGCACAAAGCCAUUGGUCGUGUUGUCGGCGAAGGUUCAAGGAGACAAGUUCGAUAUUGGAAUCAGUAUCACAAAGUUUACAUUUGCCAGUGGCGCCAUCACCUUGAAUAAUUGCAGCGGUCGCUUUGGGGUCUCCAAAGGAACGGCCAAAGGGGUGGAAGGUUCUCCAGAACUGGACUUGAGCGCCCGUCUGGAUUUUCACAUUCCAGACACCGAAGCAAUUGUGGGUCUGGCAGCUCAGAUUAACCUCACAAAACAGAAAUGUGUGUUCAAGGUUUCUCUAAAGAAUGAGAAUGACAAGGAAAUCAUGAUAAAUAACCCAUUCGGGCAAUCCUUCGGCCUCAAGUUUACAAUGCUUGAGUUUGAUGGUGCGAUCUAUUUCAAGGGUUCCAAAUCCUCUCAACCCAGCCCAGUGCAAAAAUCCUCUUUCAACCUUGAAGGAAAGGUAGAUAUUGGAAGUUAUACCUUCGAUGCCCAACUUCUGUUCUACGCCGGAAAGCCUAAGGUUCUUUCCAUCAGCUUUGGCCAGACGCUGAAGGUCGAAGAAGUCGUGACAGAUAUCAUAAAUAACAGCGAAGAGCCAGCAAAGGCCAAAGCAUGGCCCAGCGAAUCGUACCCUCCGAUUGAGUUCAGCAAUGGGCACAUUUACUAUUCUUUCCUUGGAGAAAAGGAUGCGCCACUUGCAGAUCCUAGAGAAGUCGAUCAGUUGUACUAUCCAGGUUUCAAUAUUCAGUCCACAAUGGCUGUAUUUUCUCGGAAAGCCCUGGUUCGCGUACACAUUUUUCCUGAGAGAAGCGGCUUUAUCAUUACUGGAUCGCUAGAGAAGCCUAUUGACCUGGGCUGGCUCAAAAUGUAUCGAAGAGAUCCAAAGCCAAACAAGGAGGUUGUUCAAGGUGGCGGAAAACAGGUCGAUGAUUUCACCAAGGAUGGCCCCGACGUGCUAUACGUAUGGAACAACCGCACAGACGACCCCCACGGCGUCGGUCAGACUCGCUUUGAACUCAAUAGCCAUGCAUCGAUAUUUGAACUUCCACCGUUUACCUGCACGAUCGGGUAUGCUGCUGCAGACAAGACUUUCAACGGGUAUCAAAAAUUCGACAAAACAGCUAACCAGGUGGGAGAUGAUGGCUCAUCCAUACGCAUUAUAUACCACAAUGAUCGAUUCUGGGUCAAUGGAAUGAACCUUUCAAGAAUUUGGGAUGAUCUGGACCUGGCCAAGGCCAUCAGAGACUUUUCAGAACAGAAAGACCCUAAGAAUUGCGGAAAGCUUGUCGAUCUCGUGUUCGACCAGGUCCUAAAGUACAAGUGCUCCUUUGGCUUGAGCUUGAGCAGUACUGAAGGGGAUAAGGUCCCUGGCAUUGAGGCUACCAUUACGGUCAAGUUUCGCGUUAUGCUAGGAGACACCGGGCAGGCGCUAGACGAGAUUUCCCUUCCAGACUGGACGGGUCGCCUGAUAUUCAACGUUCCCAAUGCUGAAGCUCUCUUCAACUGGCUCCAUGAGCUCGUCAAGGACUAUUUGACACACGUUGCAGACUUCAUUCUGGAGCACCCCCUAGAAUUUGCAAAGCUGAUGGCAUGGAUGAAUGCAAAGCAGUAUGGCAAGCAGCUCGUCAAAACACUCAUGUGCCGGGACGUUCAGCCAGAAAACAUAAAAAAGAGACACUUCGAGCUCUUUCCAGAAGAAUAUACGGUUCCAGUCCCGCCACAGCCACCUGUAGAUAAGUGUGUUUGUGAAGGGGACUUUUGGGAAAGGUUUCUUUGCAACAUGGGAAGAAAUUACUGGCACGGAAGAUAA